AUGGUCCACCUCACCGAACAUGAUGUCUCCUACUCGGAUGGCAAGAAAACUAUCCACUACGUCGCUGCUGGCCCUCUAAAUGGCCCUCUGAUAAUCUUCGUGCACGGCUGGCCAGGGAUUGCGAAAACAUGGCGACCCCAGUUGGAGACUUUUGCCGGUCUGGGAUUCCGAGUCGUCGCUCCAGAUAUGCCGGGUUAUGGCAAGAGCACGGCGAACAAAGUCUACUCUGCCUAUGCGCAGAGUGAGAUCUCGCAAGGUCUGCUGGCGUUGUUGGCUGAUACGGGGAGGAAGAAGGCAGUCUGGGUGGCUCAUGAUUGGGGUAGUGGGUGUCUUUGGACUCUCGCCGCCGUUCAUCCUGAAGUCUGUAUCGGCGUGAUAAACCUAGCAGUCCCAUACCGUCUCCUCGAACUGGGUCUGGAGGAACUCAUGAAAGUCGUCAAUCGGGAGAAGUACCCCGAGGCAGAGUUCCCAUACGGCCAGUGGUCGUAUCAAGUCUUCUACGAGCAGGACUUCGAGAAAGCCACGUCCUGGUUCGAUGCGGACCCAGCUGGAGUUCUUCGGGUCUUGUUCAUCAAGGGCUCGGCCGCGAAUCUGGACAAACCUGCAAGGACCGCGACCGUCGUGAAAGACGGCGGCUGGAUGGGUGGAGCCCCUAAGCCGCCGUCGCAGGACCAGAUUCCGACUGGUGCAUCGACGUUGGACAACCUGCCUGCGGAGGAUGUGCAGGAAUUAGAGGAGGCGAUGGCGAGGACGGGGUUCUUCGGUGGUGAUGCGUAUUACAUGAACCACAAGGCGAACCGCGAAUGGGUCUUGAAGAAUUCUGUCAACGAUGGAAUUCUCGAGAUGCCGGUCUUGUUCAUUGAGGCGAAGUACGAUACUGUUUGUGAUACUUAUGGGUCGAGGAAUACGGAGCCGAUGAAGGAGUUGUGCAAGGAUCUUAGCAUGGCGUCGAUUGAUGCUGGUCACUGGGUUCAGUUGGAGAAGGCGGAAGAGACGAAUGGUGUCAUUGCGAAGUGGUUGUUGGAGAGUCUGCCGGAGUAUUGGCCGACCCAUUGGCACAGCCCCAUUGCGAAGCAGAAGCACUGA